GUCGCCCAUUGCAUUGUCCAGCCGACGACGCUGUUUGAUACAGUCACUGGCCUUGCUCAAAACUAUAUCCACCGGCCAUGUCGCUCUUCCGUGCUACACUGCUGCAGAGGCAGCUUUUUGCCCCUGCUCGCAUUACAUGCAUCCGCUAUGCGUCUACUUCGACUCCGGAGAACAUUGUGCUCCCUCGCCUACAGACGGAUCUCAAAAUCGCCAUGCGGUCCAAGAACAAGCCAGCAUUGAACACGAUCCGUGGACUGCAGGCCGAGAUCAUCAAUGCCUCCAAGACGGCCAAGCCCAUCACCACGGACGGCGCCCUCUACUCAUUGAUCCAGAAGCAGAUCAAAGCUAGCUCGGCAUCCAUUGAAGAAUUCCGGAAUGCCAAACGGGAGGAUCUGGUCGAAAAGGAGCAGCAAAACUUGGACAUUCUCAAGGCGUAUGCCGACGAGAUUCCCACUGUCGGCGAGAGCGAAGUUGACUCGCUGGUGAAGAGCGUGGUGGAGGGGCUGGAAGAGGGCAAGAGGAACUUUGGCAGUGUCAUGGGCAAGGUCAUGGGAGCAGUCAAGGGCCGGCCGCUUGAUGUCGAGUACGUGACGAAGAAGAUACAGGAGGCUGUGGGGGCAAAAUGAGUCAGGUGACAAUGCUAUUACGAACAAAACGGCCAGACGACUUGUACGAGUACUGCAUGUGUAUGAAACGACAUAGUAGAUUGCAGACACGGCUCUUGAUGGUGAAACGGGGCAGGUCAAGACUCGGCUGGGUUUCCAUGUGCUGAGCAUGUGUCUUGGACAGCAACGUUUGUCCGGAUGCUGCAUGUGUUGAUGCCCAUGGUAGUUGGGUUCGGUAGUAUCCGCGCGUGAGCUGUGGGGACGGGGCAGUGGCGACAGGCAGUUCUGACAGACGGUUCUGACAGAUGGUUGUUCCCCGUCCAGCGGCUGCCGUGGGCCGACGAUAGAUAUUCCCUUGGGGUUGUGGCUGAGAGGGGGGCUAG